CUGGCCUGCCGCUUUCCCCGAGGAGAAGAGCCACGAUCCAUUUUUGGACCAUCCUACAAAGCACUCCGCUGCUACUUCAACUCACGUGAAUGGGUAUUGAGAUUGAUAUUCCUGUCGAGGAGUCGACUGAACCUCCUAUACGUGGCUAUACCAAUGCCACAAACUCCAACCCCCCUGGGCCCAUAAACCAGGCGGACGCACACUCCUCCCCCUCCGCAGGUCUCGAACCUGGUCGCCAGCACCGCUCCACCCCUCACACCCGCAGCCCCGCCGAGCUCGAGGCGCUCCUCAAGACCAGCAUCCAGCAUGGCCUCACCAGCAGUGACGCGGCUCGUCGCCUGGAGGACGAUGGCCCCAACAAGGUUGAGGGAGCUAAGGGCCUAUCCCUGUGGACGAUUCUCGUGAGGCAGGUCUCCAACGCUCUGACCAUGGUCCUCUUUAUCGUCAUGGCUCUGUCUUUUGCCAUCCAGGACUUUAUCGAGGGCGCCGUCAUUGCCGCCGUCAUCCUCCUCAACAUCGUCGUUGGCCUCGUCCAAGACUACCGCGCUGAGCAGACCAUCCAGUCUCUCUUCGCCCUCUCCGCCCCUACCUGCAAGGUCAUUCGCGACGGUCAGAUCGAGUCCAUCAAGGCCGAACACCUCGUCAAGGGUGACAUUGUCCUCCUCAACGUUGGCGGCAUUGUCCCCGCGGACCUGCGCCUCGUCGAUGGGCUCAACCUCUCCACCGACGAAGCCCUGCUCACCGGAGAGUCCCUCCCUAUCAGCAAGCAUGCCGACGCUCUCCUGUCCGAGGCCGAUGUGCCUCUGGGUGAUCGCAUCAACAUGCUCUACUCGGCCAGCACCAUCACUCGCGGUCGCGGUACUGGUAUCGUCACCGCCACUGCGAUGAACACCGAGGUUGGCAAGAUUGCAGAAAUGCUUCGUGCUCAUCCCAAGGUCGCCGAGAACAAGUCCACUGUCGGCAGAGCUCUUCACAGAUUCAAGGAGACCGGUCGCAGCAUCCUUGGCCUGGUGGGCACUCCCCUUCAAGUCAAGCUCAGCAAGUUUGCUCUGCUCCUCUUCGCCCUUGCUAUCCUGCUCUGCAUCAUUGUCUUCUCUGCCUCCAAGUUCAACGUCACCUCGGACGUGCUCAUCUACGGCAUCUGCGUCGGUGUUGCCGUCAUCCCCGAGUCUCUCAUCGCCGUCCUCACCAUCUCCAUGGCUGUUGGCACAAAGGCCAUGGCUCGCGGCAACGUCAUUGUCCGCAAGCUCUCGGCUCUCGAGGCCGUAGGUGGCGUCACCAACAUCUGCUCCGACAAGACUGGUACCUUGACCCAAGGCAAGAUGAUUACCCGCAAGGUCUGGCUCAACAACGGCCUCGGCGCCACUGUUGAGGGUUGCACCAACCCCUUCGACCCGACCAGCGGAGUUGUCACUUGGGAUGGCGAGGUUGCCGAUGAGUCCAAGGGCACGAAGACCAUAUCACGCCUCCCUCCUGACGCACGCGCGUUUGUCCAGUGUCUCGCACUCUGUAACAAUGCCGUCGUCACUGAUGUGUCAAGCGCCGGCGCUGUCAAAUGGUCUGCUGUUGGUGAGCCUACCGAAAUCGCGCUCUCCGUGUUCGGCCUGCGCUUUGGCAUGAGCAAGGCCACUGUCUCCCAGGCACAUGAUACCAGGCUUGUCGCCGAGCACCCGUUCGAUUCAAGCUGCAAGCGUAUGUCUGUUGUCUAUACCUCUGUCGGCUCUAGCAACUACGACGUCUACACCAAGGGUGCUCUCGAGGCAGUUCUCCCUCUUCUUGACGCUUCGGAGGCUACCAAAGCCGAGUUCACCGCCAAGGCCGAGUCCCUUGCCGCCCAAGGCCUCAGGGUCUUAUGUAUUGCCCACAAGUCUGUCCCGGCCAACGACAAGCUGAAGGAGGAGCGUGAGGCUGCCGAGUGCAACCUCACCGCCCUCGGACUGGCUGGUCUUUAUGAUCCUCCUCGACUCGAGACUGCCGGCGCUGUGCAGAAGUGCAAGGUCGCCGGCAUCCGGGUCCACAUGCUUACUGGUGACCACAUCAAGACCGCCACAGCCAUUGCCCACGAGGUCGGCAUCCUUUCGCCUGACAUGACAGCGGCAGAAGCUGUCAGCGCCACGAUGCCGGCCGCGGCUUUUGAUGCCCUGACCGACGCCCAAAUCGACGCUAUGGACAAGCUCCCGCUUGUUCUCGCUCGCUGCAGUCCUUCUACCAAGGUCCGCAUGGUCGAGGCCAUGCACCGUCGUGGCGCAUUCUGUGUCAUGACUGGUGAUGGAGUCAACGACUCACCUGCGCUCAAGAAGUCUGAUGUCGGUAUUGCCAUGGGUCUCAACGGAAGCGAUGUGGCAAAGGAGGCUGCGGACAUGGUCCUCACAGAUGACAACUUCUCCUCCAUCGUCACGGCUGUGGAGGAGGGUCGCCGCCUGUUCGACAAUAUCCAGAAGUUCCUUCUCCAUCUACUCGUUUCCAACAUCGCCCAGGUCUUCCUCCUCUUGAUUGGUCUAGCUUUCAAGGACGCGCAGAACCUUUCUGUGUUCCCCUUGUCACCCAUUGAAAUUCUGUGGGCCAAUCUCAUCACCUCAUCCUUCCUCGCUCUCGGUCUUGGUCUUGAGGAGGCCCAGCCCGACAUCAUGUUGCGCAAGCCCCACUCUCUCCGCGUCGGCGUCUUCACCAAGGAGAUCAUUAUGGACAAGAUGGCCUACGGUACCUUUAUGGGUGCCCUAUGUAUCGCCGCCUUUGUCUCGGUCACCUACACGCCCACUCCCGACCCGCUGCGCCUAGGUAGCGACUGCAACUCGGGCUACAACGAGACCUGCGAGGUUGUUUUCCGCGCGCGCGCCACCACCUACUCUGUGCUUAGCUUCCUCCUGCUCUUUACUGCGUGGGAGGUCAAGCACUUUACUCGAUCGCUCUUCAACAUGUACCCCGAGCGCUGGACUGGUCCGCUGUCUGUCUUCAAGACGGUCUACUGCUCCAACCGCUUUCUAUUUGGUGCUGUUGUCGCGGGCUUCGUCAUCACGUUUCCAGUGGUGUAUUUGCCUGUUGUCAACCACAUCGUCUUCAAGCACACGGCCAUCACCUGGGAGUGGGGUGUGGUCUUUGCCUGCGUUGUCGUCUACAUUGCUCUCAUUGAGCUAUGGAAGGCCGGCAAGAGACGCUUUGGCGUCGGCACCAUCGUCUACGGAAACGCUGCUCCUGCUCACGAUGUCUAA